AUGAGCCCACCACAGCCCCCAACGCACUACGACGUUCUCAACCUCACGCCCUCCAUCGUCGACGACUCGCCAGACGCCGCCAAACUCGUAAAGAAGGCCUACCACAGGGCCCUGCUCCGCAACCACCCCGACAAACGCGGCUCUCACACCAACACCUCGCCCAGGGCACCCAGGGCGCCCACGGUCUCCGUAGACCAAGUCACCGCGGCAUUCGCAGUCCUCAGCUGCCCCGUGCGACGCGCAGAAUACGACACCAAACUCCGUCAGGCUCGGGCCUUGUCUGGCUCCGCUGGGCCGGAUUCGGGACACGGAUUUCAGACGGGCGUCGAGAGCGUAGACUUGGACGACUUGCCCUACGACGAGACCAAGGAGCGGUGGCACAGGCCCUGUCGGUGCGGGAAUGCGAGGGGUUAUUUGUUUGGGGAGGAGGAUUUGGCAGAGGCGGAGGACGAGGGUGAGUUGAUGGUGGGCUGCCAGGAUUGUAGUUUGUGGCUGCGGGUUCAUUUUGCCGUGGUGGGCGAUGACGCGCCAUGA